CAUAUUUAGUUUGUUGCACUAAUAUCUUGGCCAAUCGUCUUUAGGGGUAUCUGGGAUUAUAUAUUGCGCUUACAAAGGCCCUUCAACAUUUAAAGCACUAAAUACUUUAUUUUUUCUCUGCAACUUCAGGCCUUGGUGGCAUGGAUCUGUGUGUGACCAUCAAAGGGGUCUCCUUCCUCUUGCAAACAGGUAUGGGCAUUUUAGGAAACACUGUGGUACUUUUGGCGUACACCCAUAUCGUUUGCACUGGACCGAAGCUCCUUCCUGUGGACAUGAUCCUGUGCCACCUGGCCUUUGCCAACCUGUUGCUGCUGCUGACCCGCUGUGUCCCCCAGACAAUGACGGUGUUCGGGCUGAAGGACCUAUUGAAUGACCCAGGCUGUAAGGUGGUGAUCUAUGCUUACCGCAUUGGCCGGGCUUUGUCAGUCUGCAUCACCUGCAUGCUAAGUGUGUUUCAGGCAGUGACCAUCACCCCUACUGGGCCUUACUUGUCCAGGCUGAAGCCUUCACUUCCGUCCCUAGUUCUUCCCACCUUUGCAGGGCUGUGGCUCUUCAAUAUGGCCAUAUGCAUAGCAGCUCCCUUAUUCUCCAUGGCUCCACGAAAUGGCACUGUCCCUGCCUUUACCUUAAACCUGGGCUUCUGCCAUGUGGACUUCAGAGACAACUUGUCCUAUGUGAUUAAUGGGGUGGCUGUAUCUGGGAGGGAUUUUGCAUUUGUUGCCCUGAUGGUGGGCUCCAGCUGUUACAUCUUGCUGCUGCUCCACCGCCAUAGCCACCAAGUGAAAGGGAUUCGUCGCUCUCAGGGUGGAGGGGCAGAGACCAGAGCAGCCAAAACAGUGCUAACCCUGGUAGUUCUCUAUGUGGUCUUCUUUGGGAUUGAUAAUGUGAUCUGGAUCUACAUGCUGACAGUGGCAAAAGUGUCACCGGUGGUGGCUGAUAUGAGGGUGUUUUUCUCUUCAUGCUAUGCCUCUCUCAGCCCAUACUUUAUCAUUUCCUCAAACAAAAAGGUCAAAGCAAAGAUCGUGUGCGCAGCUGAGCAUGAGCAGCCAUCAGCGGACACUCAAGAUUCGAAUGACAAAUGACUCUGUCUCUAUCUUAACAGCCUGCUGACUCACCUGCUAGACAGCAGAGUCUUUCUAUCAGACCUUAUUAUUUUCAGGAUACUCUUAUUUAGCUGUUAUUUAAACAGUAGAACUAGAGAUUAGUGUUGUACAGCUGUAUGUAUUCUUAAUAUUUUUAUCUGAAUUCUAAUUAAAUGUAAAUUACAAUCGUAUGUACCUGUGCCAACAUUUUCUUAAGUCAAAUAUGCCAGAA